GCGUGCCGCCGCCGCGUCCCCGCCCCUCCGCCAUGGCCGAUCUGGAGGACGGGGACGAGCCGGGCGCCCCCCACUCGCACCCGGGCUCGGCGGGCUCCAAGGCGGGCGCCCCCGACAAGAUGUUCUCGCUGAAGAAGUGGAAUGCGGUGGCCAUGUGGAGCUGGGACGUGGAGUGCGACACCUGCGCCAUUUGCCGGGUGCAGGUCAUGGAUGCCUGUCUUAGAUGUCAAGCUGAAAACAAACAAGAAGACUGUGUUGUGGUUUGGGGAGAAUGCAAUCAUUCCUUCCACAAUUGCUGCAUGUCCUUGUGGGUGAAACAGAAUAAUCGCUGUCCCCUCUGCCAGCAGGACUGGGUAGUCCAGAGAAUAGGCAAAUAAAAACACUGGAAGGUUUUUUCCUGUUAAACUUGUUGAAAUAGUGUAUGUCUUGUUCCAUUCUUUUGUAUGAGCAUAUGGCAUAUGUCAGUCAUCGAAUUUAUUUAGUUUAUCUGCUACAAGAUCAGUGUGGUUUUGCUGUAUGGCCUUUGCCGCACAAGGAGGCAAUGAUCAGUCUUAUUGCAGAUACUUCCACAACAGAAAAAGAGAGAGACACUACAUGAAUAAAUGUAUCUGUUACAAUUUGAGUGUUAACUCUCAGAGCAUAGAAGUGUGGUGGUGCAGUUUAUACUCUAAAUACCAUUUAUUUAAUGUUUUUGCAUAGAUAAAUGAAUUAAUUUGAAAGGUUGACCUUACCUGUAAGUCUGAUACGCUGCAUAGUUUACUGUCAGGAUAAAGACAUUGUUUUUUAAGUAAAAUUGUAUACAAAAACGCAGUCCAUGAUCUAGAAUUAAUAGUGUGUAAAAGCAUUUGUGAUGUUCUUUUUCCAUCACACUAUACUAAACAUUUCUAAUUUAGGUUUUCUUUAUGACGAUAGAAAAUUUUGUUUCAUUGUAUCUCUGUUACUGUAUCAUAUUCUGUACAUGGUUUCUACAACAACAGUAUUGAAAUUUAACCACAUUAAUAAUUUUAAUCAUGGAGACCUGUAUUUUCAAUCCAGAGACUUUGGGUACAAAGACACAGAUUUGAUAUCAUUUAACUAGGGGCAUAAACAGUUUUGCUGGUUAGCUGACUAAUGUAGAAAGCAAACAAAACUGAUAAUUUAAGUAUCCCAAGGAAGGGAGGUACUAAUUAAAUGUAGGGAAAAAUGCUACAUUAUGGUUUCAUGAAAAUUCAGUUAAUAGAUAUUUCUUUAUCAUAAUUUUAUUGGUUACAAUGUUUUGCAAGUGGGAGGAAGCAUUUCAUUUUUGUCAAAGUCCUCAACACAUCAUCUUUUUUAUAUGAAUCAUGAUUUUUUUUCUUACAAAUAUUUGAGUGUUUGCCUCUGACUUAGUCUUUUCCCUAAACAUCCAGAAUAAUUACUAUUAAUCUGAACAUAUGCUGGGGAGGUUAAUAUAUGUAAUAGGUUGAAUUAUGGCUUUAAGUCCAUAACAAAUUCAGGCUUAAUAAAGUGGUUAAUAAACCUGUGUGAAAUUGAAGCAAUAUUAUAUGCAUAUGAUUGCUUACUUCAAAAUUAUCAUCUUAAAUGUUUAAUGCAUUUCUCAGCAGAUGUAUUUCUGUCUAGUUCUGUUUAAGUAUAUUUAAAGAAGUUUAUCUUCACUGUAUGAAGUAGUUCCAAUGGCAAUCUUUGUGUUACCAGGCAUACAUGCAGAGUUUGCUGUGUUUUUGUUUAAUACUUGUACUCUUGUUUUUAAAAUGUUUUGUAUUUUUUAAAUAUAUCUUUUGUCUCAUUACACACUGAGAUGAUAAAAAAUGCUCUGUGUCACUGUUACAGUCUAUCAAAUCAGUUGUUUAUUAUUCCAGAUGAUGUCUGUCUUAAAAUUGAAAACAAAUAUAAAAUAAGUUAACAGAA